AGUCCAAAGAGAGAGAGGGGGAAAAGAGAACAACAAAGAAGAACAGUGCCUACUACCACUACUACUACUACUACUACUACUACUACCAGGACAAUGGAGUACACAGGAAGCCCCGUCGUGACUGCCGUAAACAUCACUUUGGAACGUCUGAACGACGAGAAGGCACUGCUCCGCAUACCGGCCAUUAUAUACACCAUCAUCUUAAUGGUCAUCGGUCUUUUUGGCAACACCAUCACCUGUUAUAUCUACGGAUACCGACUGAAAAUGUUGCCCACACACUGUUUCAUUAUCGUUCUGGCCGUAUUCGACAUCUUGUCCUGUUGCAUCGCUAUGCCGACAGAGAUCUUGGAUAUGCGUUAUCCUUUCAUGUUUCCUUCGAUGAUUGCCUGUAAAAUACUUCGGUUCCUCUCCUAUUUCACGACAGGCAGCUCCAGUAUUAUACUUCUUAUCAUUGCCGUGGACCGCUACAAGAGGGUAUGUCGCCCGUUCAAACGACAGAUUUCCGUGAGAGAAGCCAAGAUCAUCGCCGUCGUCAUAUCGGUGAUUGGCAUCGGAGUCACCUCCCCCAUGCUCUAUAUCUCCGGCAAAAUGACACACCCAACACGCAUCCCCUAUAUCAACGGCACCGACUGUUCUAUUUCGGAUAACGUGCGAAACACUAAAUUUCCGAAAAUCUAUUUCGGUAUCUUGUUCCUCAUCAUCAUCUCCUCGUUUGUGGCCAUGUCCAUCUGCUAUUUACUACUCUGGCUCGAGGUGAAGAACCGCUGUUCCAAUCCGAUUGGCAGCAACAGGACAACGUCUAACGCCCCCAUUGAAAUGCCAAACAGCCCACAGGCGUUAACCGACGAACGAUCGAACAGCAAAACACUGAAUCGUACCAACCUCACUGUCUUCUUGGUGACGCUUCUCUUUAUCCUCAGUUACAUCCCUUGCCUCUCGCUGCAGGUGGCGCGAACCAUCAUCCAGUACGAACUCAACAUGAACCACGUCACCGAGCUAUUUUAUUGUAUCGGAAUGCGAUCUUACUUCCUCAGCAACUCGCUCAACCCCAUCAUUUACGGAUACUGCAACCGACAGUUCGGUGAUGAAUUCAAGCGAUUGUUUUCGCGUUACAAAGAAGUCUCCCGGAAUCUGAAAAAUGGCCGCGUGUCCAAGAAUUCCGACAGUUCCUCUUCGUCUGGUAAACUUCAGACGACAACAUGCGAAUGCAGCAGUUGACUUGGCUACAAACGAAAAACGUUUGAUGU